AUGCUUAAUACAAAUACUAAUAAUAAUUCAAUGGAUUACUAUGUAUGUGGUAAAAAUGAAGAUCAUCCAAAAUAUCGUCUAUUGAAAUAUAAUAAAUCGACAAAAUUAUCAAAACAGGAAAAAAAGAUAAUAAUUGAUUAUCGAAAUAAAUAUGGUACACCACCGAUAGUUUACUGUGAAAUAAGUGAUAUGAAUAAACAAUUAACUGAUAUUACAAUAAACAAUGACAAUAUAAUAGAGAAAGAAAUUAUCCUUGAAAAUGAUCUAUUUGCCAUUGGUCAACAAAAGUCUUAUCUACCUAUUGCCAUCAACAACAAUAAUAAUGAAAAUGAGAAGCAUGUAAAAGGUGUAGAUAUUGUUAUUGUAACAUCAAAAGAUGGAAGACUUAAAUAUCGAACAAAAUUUUGGAGACCGAAUGAAUAUUAUCUAGCAGAUCGAAUAUAUCGAAAUCUUAAGAAAGACUUUUACAAUUUUAAAAUUGAUACAAACGAAUUAUUUCUUCUACUAUUUCCUGUCUUUAUCGAUAUGAGUGGCAGUGGUGGAGAAGAUCAACAACGAAAACCAAAAUGUGGGAAUAAUCAUCGAUCAAAGAAAUUAUUAUCAACUUAUGAAGAUGAAAAUCAUGCUAUAUUACCAUCAACAACACCGUUAACAAGACAUGAUUUAUUUCAAUUAGAAGAAAAAUUUCAUUUUCUAUUAAAAAAUGAACAAGCAUUAGAAAUUGGUUUAUGUUCAAAGAGACGUCGUAUCUACGAGGAUUUAUUUGAUGAAUUAAUUCGAAUAACAACAUUGGAAUGUACAGAAAGGGGACUAUUAUUAGCACGAAUUAAAAAUGAAUAUAAACAAUUAAUGAAUGAAUAUGAAACGGUAUAUAAAAGUGGAAUGGCCUAUGCAAUGAGAUGUUAUUUGCAUAAAAUGCAAACAAAACAAGAUUUAGAACAAAAAAUAGACAAGUUAGAAAAUGAUAUUAAACAACUGAAAUACGAAAAUGAUUUUGAAAUUGAACGAGAACCAACGCCAUAUGAAGAAACGUAUGAGUCAAGAACGCUAAGAGAAAAUUUGAUUAUAAUGAGAACAACCAAUGCUAAUCUUAGACGAGAUCUAGAGGCUACACUGACAACAUUAGUAUCAACAUCGAUUAAUGGCGAUGAUACUACUACUGGUGUUACAGAGACAGUUCUACCUCAACAUACAUCAGAAACGAAGGAUGAAAAGGUUCCAGUCCCGAAUUUGAACAAAUGA